GGCGGGGCGAACGGGACAGGCACCCCUGUCUCCAUUUGCCGCCCGGAGCCCCUCACACACACCGCGCUCGGCUGGGGGGUGGGCGGCUUUCCACCCCCAGGGACAGCGUGAGGCCUGGGGGGUUUGGGCUUCGAGGCAGCUGAUGGGUCCGAGAGGGAGCUGCGAGGGUGGGGAGAGCAAAAAAGAAAAAAAAAAAAAAAGGCAGUGGAGGGAAGGUCAGGGAUGGAGUAGUGAGGAGUACUGGAGGAAGGGAAAGAGAACCUCUAAUUUAAGGGCCACCCACUUCACAAACUUUUAACAUCUCUCCGAUGGCUUCUGGAGAUGGUGAUCUGCCGGCAGCCAUAUACACUCGUGCACACGAAGCCUCGUGGAGAGCAGCGCGAUGUGAGGAGCGUGUGCUCUCAUGGCAUUGCUGUGCCCAUCUGGGUGCUGGCUGUGCAGGCGUGUGUGGUGCAUGUUGGAAAUAACCAAAUAAUUUAUCAGGACGGUAUUUCUGAUAAAGCAGAUUUUAUUCACAAAUGCAAUGGCACGCCUCCUGCAAGCAGGAAAGCACACAGAAAACAGUGUUACAUCUCUUAUGCUCUGUUACUCGACGCUUAUCCCUUUCUCCCCUGGUUCUGCAUUGGCUGAGUACUUCAGUUUCACAAUCUUCCCAAUGCUCAACUAAACAUAAAUUGUUGCUAGCUAAGCAUAUAUUGCUAAAUAAUUAACUUCUCACACUUGGUCACUCAAUACUAGGUCAUUGUUUCUGGACAUCUGCUCGUCCUUGCAUAGACGUAAGCUUGGAAGGAGGAUAGAGAGGAGUAUCUUCAUCCCAACCUAUCCACAGAGUGAGGCAAUCCAACCUUAUGUAGAGGCCCUGGCUUCUUUAAUGUUUGUUAAGUCUGUUUUUCUUUUACUGAGGGUCUCUUAUCUAAACAGAAUAGCCCUACAGUAUGCUUUCUAGUCCAUAAUACUAUUGCAGUUUUGCAAGCAAGAAUUAAUCACAUAAUUCAGCAACUAUACUUCUAAAAUAUGCCACUAACAUAUAUGGUAUUUCUACCUUUUCACAUCAGCUAUUUCUAAGGAGAAGUUACAAAAUACAAAUACAUUGUGCUCUACUUCAGAUCAGUUCCCCCUUUUCAGUAUCUAAUGCAGAAACAACAUUCCAUUCCUACAUGUAGGAGGCCUGCAGCUGUACAUACAGUCUGGACCAGGCUCUGCACACCUGAUGUAGCUGUAGGUAUCCCUGUUCCUUGCAGCAGAGGUGGAUGAGGUGACCUUUAAAGGCCCAUUCCCACUCAAAUGACUGUAUGAUAAUAUAACCCUUCAGAAGAAGAAAGAAGUGAGAUGCGGGAGCAGCAGCCAGCACACUUCUCAGGGCCACUGCAGGUUUACUAAGAGGUGUGAUGCAGCAUGAAGGAGUUGCUUUGUCUUCAGUGUUUUGGUUAUUUUUCUCUUAAAAAUGCUCUUUUUGAAAGGUUCCUCACUGCAGAAAACCCCUAACAGAGUCCCAGCUCAGUAGCCAUGGGCUACAAGUGAAUCUGCAAUCUUAAUCAGCUGCAGACUGACUGUGGAGCUUGCUUUCAGUCUACCUUCUCUGACUGUUUUUCCUUGGUUUGCCUUAGAACAGCAGCAGUCAGUCAUACCACUCAUCCUGUUGCCACAUAGAGAGAUUUUAACACUUGAGUCCUGUGUCACAGCACACUAAACAUGCCAGACAUAGAUUUUUUUGCUUUAGCACCUUUUCCCAGUGCUAGUGCCAGCUGCUGCAGUUGCCAGCACCUGUGUCACACCUCCCAUGUUCUGUGUCCUACUGCUUUAGGCUUGACCCAACUGGCUGCUUGCUCCACUUUUGAGGUCAUGAGCUAUCGCCAUCAUACUCAUCAUCUUCUAUUACAGCUCCAGACUCUUAACUGAUAGGACCUCUUCCCCUCAGUGGUUCGAUGUGUUCCUUAUGAGUGCCUUCAUGUGUUUCACCAUCAUACUUUAAAAGGGAAUUUCUCAGGUUCUGUGAUAACUCAUGCAUCAUCCUCUGUCUUACCCCUCCAAGCUUAUUCUCACACAGAUCACUAAAAAAUAUUGUUAGGCUUCUUGUGAGUGAGACCCCCCGCCUGCUUGGCACAGCACUACCAGCAGCAUUUCCUGGGACUCCUCUGUUUAUAGCCUUUGUCAGCCAGGAAACUUUUUUGGAGCCAAGGUUCCUAGUGUGUGCACAGCCUCUGAGGUGCUGGAGCCUGUGACAUGAAACUCUAGAUGCUCUUGGCAAAUAAAUGGUAAAUCACAAUAACUUGCUAUUAAAAGAAUAACUAUUGAACUAUCAAAUACUAACAGUAUAGAUGUUACCCUUUUUUAUAGUUAACUUUCCUAAUUAAUAGAAAUAGAUGGUAUUUUUUUUUUUGACCAACUGUGUCCUAGGGAGAUGGGGAGCAUAGCACACAUUUUGCUAAUAGUAUAUUGCAAUUGUUAUAAAAAGUAAAUAGUUAUUUAAUGUUUGAAUCUUGAUUUUUUUUUUAACGUUUAGUUUCUGCAUUUUAAUGCAACAUUGGGGGCAUGCACUUACCUGCUUGCCACUGCUAUGACCAUGCUACCGAAUUUUCCUUUGUCUUGGAAUUCUCGCGUAACAUAAAGCUUCUAUGCAGAUUUAGCAUAGCCAGGAUUCACAGAAUCCUAGUUUUGAGGUGAUUGCUGGGAUUGCUGUAGACCUACUAAUACUUUUUGUCCUGGAACGUGCUUGUUAGCUCUCUUGUAUCAGAGUGUCCCUUUUUAGCAGAAGACCAUAAAUAGAGCUUUCAAACUCAGCAGAAUCACUAUAAUCGUCCAAACUCAUCUCCUGAUACUACCCUUAUUUCAUGCUGAGAAACAUGCUGGUGUGUCUUGUGUGACAGCAUCUAUGGAUGACAUACAGUUUGAAGAGGCUGCCAGAGUUGGACAAGUUAUUACCAUUAAAGCAAAGGUGAACAGAGCAUUCAAAACCAGCAUGGAGGUUGGCAUCAAGGUUACAGUGCAGGAUGUUUUGACUAAUGUUGAAAAAAUUGUGAGUGUGGCAUAUGCAACAUAUGUAGUCAAGCCAGUCGGUGCUAAAAAGAUUGAAUUAGAACCUGUAAAGCUUCUGUCUGCAGAAGACCAUCUGGAGCAUGCCCUGGCUACUGAGAGGAAGAGAAUCCGAUUGGGCUAUCAAGAGGUCUUUCAGAACCUAAUGCAGGAGAGUAAUAAAGAAGAUGACCACUAUGAUACUUUUGAAGAGCAAGAUGCAGUUUCAACUGACCUUACUCAUGUACAGAGUAUUGAGCUCGUCCAACCUCCUCAUGCAAACCAUCAUGGAAACACUUUUGGUGGUCAAAUCAUGGCUUGGAUGGAGGCAGUGGCACGUAUUUCAGCAAGCCGCCUUUGUCGUUCGUAUCCCAACUUGAAAUCUGUCAAUAUGUUUAAGUUCUGGGGUCCGUCUGUUGUGGGUGACCGCCUUGUCUUCAAUGCAGUUGUGAACAAUACAUUUCAGAAUAGUGUGGAGGUUGGUGUCCGUGUCGAGGCUUAUAACUGUGAAGAAUGGAUCAAGAACCAAGCACGGCACAUUAACAGCGCAUUUCUCAUUUUUAACUCUGUGAAUGACAAAGGCGAGCUGCUCACUUUCCCCAAAAUCAAACCUACUACUAAGGACGGUGUGAGACGAUACCAUGGAGCUAUUGCCCGAAAGAGAAUUCGACUAGCCAGAAAAUACAUGCUUUAUGCUAAAGAAGACAAACCUUAUGAUCUGUGGGAGAAAAGCAACCAGGCAUACAUGAGUUACAGCAAUAUAGCUACACUGACAUACCUGGCAGCAAAACCGGGAUGGGAAGUAACCAGUACACUGAAUAAUAUAAAAAUAUGGACCCAUGAGGAUGGUGAUGUCUUGUCACUCAAAGUAGAAAUGCAAGUGAAGACAGCAUCACAUGUAGCUUUCUCCCUUUUGUCUAACUUCACAUACCGCCAGCAAUGGGACAAACGUUUCUUAACUUGUGAAGUCCUACAGGCUGUGAGUGAAGAUGACAAAAUAUAUUACAUUACUUCUCCACCUCCACCCAUGACUGGCCAUCAGCCCAGGGACUUUGUGAUUCUUGUGUCUCGAAGGCAACCCCUUGAGCCCAGUGAACCCUACAUAGUAGCUGUAAAGUCAGUAACCCUGACGUCUAUGCCACCUUCUUCUGAACACUGCAGAAGUGAAAUCCUAUGUGCUGGAUUCCAGAUCUACAGUGAGAGCAGCAGCUCCUGUAGGGUAUAUUACUUCAAUCAAAUGACACCAGAUCUUAUUCCUUACUUAGCUGCAAGUCUUACUGGCUCAUUAAAUUCCAUUGAAGACACAGCUUUGGAGUGUAUUAAGUUCUUGGAGCUGAAGGGCAGCAAGUGCUGAAGUUAACACAAAAUUGUGAAAAGCGUGAGAGACUAUCAAGCAAUACUGGUUUAACUUUUUGCAUAUGUGUUAAUUGUUCUACAAGGUACUCUGAGUCAUGCAGCUGAUACUGGGCUAGGGCUGGAUUUUGUGUCAAAUCAGGAUUAGACUUUAUGCUCUAAAUUCACGUUUUCAAUUAAAAAAAAAAAAAAAGACUAAGGCACAAAUUUUGCUCUUAUAUGUGUAUUUCAUUGUUGGAUUGGGCCUGGUGACAACCAGUCAGUUUAAAAUCAGUAAAUACUAAUCAGUCUAAUAUGCAGAGGACUGGUACUACCAAGUAGCUUGUCCAGUUCUCUGCUCAGUUUGUCCAGGUCCUUGCGUGUGCAUUACAUGUUGAUCUAUUACACCCUACAGCAAGUUAGGGUUUGAUAAUGUUUAUCGUCUGUUAAUGCUUAUACUUUCUCUGUGUUUUUCAAUAAAUUACUGCUUUUCAGAUUAAA